CCACUUCACACACCAAAAAUGGAAUCCCACGUGCGCUUUCAUUGAAGGCAUGAAAGGCCCUUUAACCAAUGCCAUCAUGCCUUUGUAGGAGUUACCCUUUAUUUCGAGUUUCUUAAAAGCUCGACUCAUUAAUUGGGUAACAUGAAUUUCGGAUUAGUAUCAGAUCAUGAGGGCCAAAACACUGCAGCAGCUCCCAUCAGAGCUCUUGUGCCACACACUGUCAUUUCUCGACGCGUACGACCUAGUGCGGGUACGAAAGACUUGCAGAGCGUUGAAAGGAAUUAUAGACAAUUCGGAGAUGUUGCAAUACGCCAUUGACCUCGGUUACUUCCAAAUGAUUCCAGGUUCCUCGGAAACGGACGUGCCAACGGCUACGCGUCGCAAACAACUUAGACUGUAUGACGCUGCACGGCAACGCGUUGAUUACAAAGUGAAGUACACGCUCUCCUCAUCAAAACAAGGAUUAGAACAUGUAUAUGCGUUUGGGGGCGGCAUAUACGGUUCAGCUGCGGAGGAUUUGAUCCACUUCACACGACUGCCAUCUGCGUCUGAUUCUGGUGAUAUAUAUAGUUGGAGUUACCCUGUCGAUUCAACGACCUUCCUGAACUUCACUUUCUGUGUUGCGCAAGACCUACUCAUUUUAUCAACACGUUCACUAAACUUGCGGAGUCAUGCAUACGAGAUCCAUCUGAAGUCGCUAACAACGUACCAAACUCACCCCGAUGCAGCGCAACCGUUCCUGAAAGUACUCGACCAGUAUAACGUUGACCACCGAUCAUUACAUCCCAGGAGUCAUAUGAAGCUUCAAAUUAUCGGAAAUUACGUUUGUAUGCUAUGUCGGGCUGUUAUCAGCAACGGGGACGACUACUUGGAUGCUAUGCAACUGUGGGACUGGAAAUCCAAAAACGGCUACCAGUUCACUUUCUUUUUUGCCUAUGAUAUCAGUGACUACUCCUUCAUUACAGAGGAUAGGUUUCUCGUCUUUGUUACCUCUGGGGCUAUGGAAAUAUAUUCCAUUGUUGACAAGUCAAAGCACCCGCAACGCACCGCAUCAAUCUCCUUACCUACUCUCGUGGACAGCUUUGAAUACACAGAUGUGUUCAUGAGCCAAAAUCCGACUCCUAGUGACAACUUUCUCUAUUCUCGAAAGUCCCACCAGCAACCUUCAUGCUCAUUUCAUCCAAGUGGAGAUGAUGGACUCAUAGUCAUCCUUGUCUGGGUCGGUCCAAUGCGUGAGGACCAUUCGCUCUUGGACCAAUCACUCCACUAUCGCUUUGUUGUCCGGCGUAGUGCCAUUCUAGAAUUCGAAAGUUCGUUUGUCAGGAUUCCCGGCCAAUUAGGAUCAAAUAGUCCCAGGUUGCGAUGGUCGAUGUGGGGACCGCAGAAUACUUCGUGGUUCCAUGUUCAUGAUAACGAGGACUGGCAUACUUCGCUCAAUGGUUUCCGUACUGUGGAGUCCGUCAAUGAAUCUAGCCCUGACCACUUUUCGGACGACCCUCGUCGGCUAUAUAUCAGGGAUUUUAAUCCACACAUCGCUUGGAAUUAUAGCGCGGUAGACAAAUCAGGAUGGCGCAGUGAAAUUAUACCAGCCCGCGAGGUGCACGGGACGAUCUCAUACCCAUUUACAGAACCGCUGGGGUGUGCACUGGCGUAUCGCGAGAGUUCUAGCGAGGAGCUGUUUGAUGUGAGCGAGAUUUUGUCAGACGAAAGUAGGAUUCUGCUGAUUAGAGUGAGUCGCAACUUAAUCUUGGUUCCCCCUGGUGACAACGAAUUGAGGUAGAAAUACGACGACGAUGACGACGGCGAUGACGAUGACGACGACGAUUCACAAAAAAUUGAUGUAUUGGUAUUCUGACCACCAAUGAGAAUUUUCGCUUUAGAAGAAUGG